GAAGAAGAAAGAAGUCUUUGUAGCGCAACCGUCGGCAGCCAUCUUUGACACGUUCUAACCCAGAGCGAGCGUCGUGUUUGUGAGCUUUACAGCGUUUAGUGCUACUUUACAUACGUAGUCGGUAGUAAGGAUCGAUGUCUCGCUUUCAUAAUAACCGCGGCGGCAUGGGAAUGAAUCAAUUCCAGCCUCGCAGAGGUGGUGGAAUCGGUGGUCCGAUGCGCGGUGGUUUUAUCCCCCAAAUGAGGAACCACCCUUUCCAAAACCACCACCAAAGAGGACAGAACAACAACUUCAAUAGGUCGUCCAACCAUGGACAGCAGGCGACUCAUCAGAAGCCAUCGAUAAUCCCACCGCCGAGCCCCGGGCCUGCUCUCACCAUGCAAGGACCGAUGGAGAAGCAGCAGACACCCAACAAGCAGGAGCCGACGAAGCCGGCAACCCCUGCGACCGAGCCCAACAAUCAGCGCAAGGACGUAGCAUCGCCCCAGCUGAACCAGGCCAACAACAACCAGCAGCUUAAGUCACCUAAUGCAAAUGCUAACAGGCAGCAGCAAAAUCAAUUUGCGCUGACUAGUCCCAAGUCGGGGCCGCAGCAGGACCAGAAGGGAGCCCCGCAACAAAACCAGCAGGCCCAGAGGACAGGCCAACAACAAAAUCAACAGGCCCAGAGGACAGGCCAACAACAAAAUCAGCAGCAACAGAAGCAGACCCCAGGCCAGCAACAAAUUCAACAGAAGCAGACCCCAAGCCUACAACAAACUCCACCGAAGCAGACCCCAGGCCAGCAACAAAUUCAACCGAAGCAGACCCCAGGCCAGCAACAAAUUCCACCCAAGCAGACCCCAACUCAGCAACAAAUUCCACCCAAGCAGACCCCAACUCAGCAACAAAUUCCACCCAAGCAGACCCCAACUCAGCAACAAACUCAACCGAAGCAGACCCCAGGCCAUCAACAAACUCAACCAAAGCAGACCCCAGGCCAGCAACAAACUCAACCGAAGCAGAGCCCAAGUCAGCAACAAAUUCAACCGAAGCAGAGCCCAAGUCAGCAACAAAUUCAACCGAAGCAGAGCCCAAGUCAGCAACAAAUCCCGCCGAAGCAGAGCCCAAGUCAGCAACAAAUUCAACCCAAGCAGACCCCAAGUCAGCAACUAUUUCAACCGAACCAGACCCCAGGCCAGCAACAAAUUCAACAGAACCAGACCCCAGGCCAGCAACAAAUUCAACAGAACCAGACCCCAGGCCAGCAACAAAUUCAACAGAACCAGACCCCGGGCCAGCAACAAAUUCAACAGAACCAGACCCCGGGCCAGCAACAGAACCAGAGAAUGGAUCAACAGCAAAUCCAGAGGGGAGGCCCACAACAUGACCAGAGAAUGGAUCAACAGCAAAACCUGAGGGGAGGCCCACAACAGGACCAGAGGAUGGGUCAGCAGCAAAACCAACAGGACCAGAGAAUGGGUCAGCAGCAAAACCAACAGGACCAGAGAAUGGGUCAGCAACAAAACCAGAGGGGAGGCCCACAACAGGACCAGAGAAUGGGUCAGCAACAAAACCAGAGGGCCCCACACCAGGACCAGAGGAUGGGUCAGCAACAAAACCAGAGGGGGAGCCCACAACAGGACCAAAGGAUGGGUCAGCAACAAAACCAGAGGGGAGGCCUGCAACAGGACCAGAGGAUGGGUCAGCAUCAAAACCAGAGGGGAGGCCCGCAGCAGGACCAGAGGAUGGGUCAGCAUCAUAACCAGAGGGGAGGCCCACAACAGGACCAGAGGAUGGGUCAGCAACAAAACCAGAGGAGAGGCCCUCAACAGGACCAGAGGAUGGGUCAGCAACAAACCCAGAGGGGAGGCCCGCAACAGGACCAGAGAACCGGGCCUAAUCGCAGUCAAGACCAAGGAGAGGAGGCAGCGGGCAAAAGUUCGGAUGAAAGUCAAGCAAAGGAUUUUAAGGCGCCAUUGUCCAUGUUGCUAAAGCCUGGCGAGAAAACAUACACACAGCGAUGCCGUCUGUUCGUCGGCAAUCUUCCCAAUGACAUCACAGAGGAGCAUUUCAGGAAGCUUUUCGCCAAGUAUGGCGAGCCAAGUGAGGUCUUCAUUAACAAAGCCAAAGGCUUUGCUUUCAUUCGACUGGAGUCUCGUGCUUUGGCCGAGAUAGCAAAAGUGGAGCUUGAUGACACACCAAUGAAAGGCAGAACCCUCCGUGUACGGUUUGCCACACACUCUGCGGCUCUUUCCAUCAAGAACCUGUCACCCUAUGUUUCCAACGAGCUCCUGGAGGAGGCCUUCUCACAGUUCGGGUUGGUGGAAAGGGCCAUUGUCAUUGUUGACGACCGCGGGCGCUCCACCGGCAAGGGCAUUGUGGAGUUUGCUUCCAAGCCUGCGGCCAGGAAGGCCCUGGAUCGAUGCAACGAGGGCGUCUUUCUGCUCACCACGUCACCGAGGCCCAUAGUUGUGGAGCCCCUUGAGCAGUAUGAUGAUGAAGAUGGACUUCCUGAGAAAUUGGCACAGAAGAACCUCAGAUAUCAAGCAGAGCGCGAAGAACCUCCUCGCUUUGCCCGGCCAGGCACCUUUGAGUUCGAGUACUCUAAGCGUUGGAAGUCCCUUGACGAGAUGGAGAAGCAACAGAGGCAGCAAGUGGAGAAAAACAUGCGCGAGGCUCGUGAGAAGCUCGAGAGUGAGAUGGAGGAUGCCUACCAUGAGCACCAGGCCAACAUGAUCCGCCAAGAUCUGCUCAGGCGACAGGAGGAGCUGCGGCGCAUGGAAGAGAUGCACAGUCAGGAGAUGCAGAAGAGGAAGGAGAUUCAGUUAAGACAAGAGGAAGAGCGUCGCAGGAGGGAGGAGGAGAUGCUACGCAAGCGAGAGGUGGAAGAACAGUUGCGGCGUCAGCGUGAGGAGAACUAUAGGAUGAACAACUUCAUGGACAGGGAGAGAGAGAUGAGAAUGACUUCUUCUGGUGCACUGGGCAUGGGAGAUAUGUCCUUUACCACCGUCACCCAGAACUUCUCAUUGAGUGGAAUGGGAUUUGAGGGGCAGCAGUCAUCUCCAGGAUCCAUGAUGACCAACGAAAUGCGCACUGAGCGCUUCGGUCAGAGUGGUGCCAGAGGAAUUGCUUCGGGUAAUAACUCCAGUUACGGAAGGGUCCGCGAGGAAUUUGACAGUCCUGCUAAGAAAGCUCGUUUUUAAACGCUCUCCCUUUCUGCAGCGUUUGUAUAGUUUCUCCGAUAACAAGAUGACUCACAAUUUGUUUGUAUUUAAGUUCAGAAUGUUCCAAGUUUUAUUCUGACAUUUGAUUUAGUCAGUAUACUCAUUUUUUAUUUUCUAUUGUCAGUAGAGUAGAAAUGUAGGUUGCCCUUAAGCUCUAGUAGACCCCUAUGUAAUUCUUUUUCUAGCUGUAUUGUGUUGUGAUUCGUCGUGGAGUGUUAAUUGUAACUUUUCUUCCGAAUAAUGGCUGUGUUUGUGCCAUGCACUUGGCGUCCACACAUAUAUUACAAUAAAGACAAAUGGGUUCAAUCUGGCCAAACCUUUUUUGACAUUUAUAUUGCGUUGUUCAAAAACAACCAAGCUCCAGCAUAGGGUUGUUUUUUUGUUCCUUUGGGUUUUUUUCACAAAUAAAAAUGUGGCAAAUGUGGGAGGUACAUGACAUUAGAUCUAAAAAAGGGUCUAUACCCUGGGGAAUGGGCGUCCAUAUCCAUUUGUAAUACCUAACAAUCCACUUUUACUGAAAGAGCUCAUUCAUAUAGCUCAGGAAAUUGAGCGUAAAUUUGCCAUGUAAACAUUCUGUUAAUCUGUCCAGUUUUCCUAUAUUCCUGUUUUAUGUUGAGGAAAAAGUAAACUUUUGAGCUGGGCAUGCAGUGAUCACGUCAUUUGAUUGAUUUGAGUCAGUCUAAUGUCACACUGUCACACUGAACGGAUCAGCUGACAGCCGCAGCUUGACUUUAAAAGUCUGUUAUGUAGACGACAGAUUUUUAGGACCUUUUUAGCCAUUUGUGCUCUGAACGUUAAAGCUAAAAUAAAUGCUAACAACGGGUUAGCCUGGGUUAGGCUACAGGGUCACUUGAUCCUCCUUUUCCAAGCCCUCUUGCGGAGCUUGAUGUGCAACUCAAGGUCUGUUAUAUCGCAUCAACAGCAACGCAGACCUCAAAGCUAUGUUUGAUGGGCUUUUUUUCAUACACAAUUUCCAAUAUGUAGCCUUUCCUAUUUUUUCUUCCUGCAAAAGCCACAUGUAUUUUAAACGUGACCGCUGUUCCAGCUCCAACAACGAUCUUGAUGUCUCUUCAGACACACAAUAAUACACUUUUGCUAUUCAGGAAGCUAAAUGGCUAGUCAGCGAGAGUUGUGGUUGCUCACGUUCACAGAAUCACCACUACAAAGCAUUAGGUGCCUCACCCGGUCAUCCCAGACAAAGAGCUAUAGAAGGAAAAAGACGGUGAUGGGAGCAACGGCCUAGUGACUAAACAGAAGCCUAAUCCAGGCUUUAAUUUCGACUGAAUUUGUACUGCAUUUGGAAUAUCUAGUCUUACCAAAUUAAAAAUGUUAAUUGUUCCCAUGAACGCUGUAAAACAAGCACCAUCCAUCCAUGACCUGAAUUUGAACCUAAUUGGCAAUUGAUUUGUGUAUGCCCAGCUUUAUUGAUGUCAUUCAUUAUUGUUUAGGAGAUAAUUAUUUAACACCACAGCUGUUUACGUGAGUCCAAAAUGGAUGUUUUUCUGAAGCCAUUUUGAAUCCUUGGUAAUGAUUUUGAUGUUGGAUCUUAGAACUUAAAGACCGUAUUGCCAUACACACAGUCAAUCAAGAUACACUCUUUGCUUAUUUGUUGCAAACACAAAACUACUGUUUCCCCGUUUUUGGAAGCUUUGCUUUUUGACCAAGUCUCCAUGUACAGCACUCUUAUUACUUAUAAACUACAAACACAUGUUUUUCAAGGAUCUUGAUAUUUCUGAUGUAUAUCACUGGUUGGCUGUAGGUAGUCCAGAAGUUUUCCAGAGGAAAAAACAGUUUUAACCGGUUAAUGUUGCAGUUUGUCUGGAUUGCGCAAUAAGAAAAUGGCAGGACAGUAAAAGCAUAUUUUUUCUGCUUCUGAAUGUUUCAUUGUUUCAUUUGUGCUAUCAAUGUAUUUCUCCUUACUUGAGAUAGCAAAGUUUUCAGAUUCCUCUGCUGUGUUUACUAUGCCAUCUAUUUUUAAAUCGUCUUAAUUUUAGAGGUACAGAUAAUAUGAGGCUGAUUAUGACAUCAUAUUUGAGAAGUAAUGAUAAGCGGUAUUAUUAACACGGUAUUACCUGUUUUAAAUUUAAUUUAUUGAAAAACCAUCAGUGGGUCCUUUUCUAUCAAAAGCUCAGGAACUUAAGGUUCCUGGAACAAUUAGUUCCUGGAAGUAAAUACUCUUGUAGAAGUGUGUGGUUUGCGUUUCCACAACAUUUCACAGUUCAGGGUAGUUUAUACAAAUCAGGCUUAUGACGUAUAGAGGAGUGGUUUAGUAUAUUUCUACACUGAUGUCAUGUAAAUAAACAGACAAUAAUAAGUUAGUUAUUUUAUUAAAGGUAAGUAAAUGAAAUACAAAGCGAUAAAUACAAAACAAUAUGAUUUAUAUUUAAUAGAAAACAGUACCGAAUUGUUCAUAAAAAAGUCAGGGCUUUUGUUUGUGGGGUCCAAGUUGUCCUCUCAGUUAAUUAUGAGUGUCAGGCGAUUCUUUUUGGUCCAUUUUAGCUGUAAACAACAUUUAGAUAAAUGCCAGUGUGCAUUUCACAUUCACGUUCACUCGAGUUGAGACAAAUAACUACACAAAGUGAGUGUCACUGACUAGUUUUACAAAGUAAACAGUUAAUAUUUGAUGUAAUUUACCUUCCUUCCACUUGUGUAUUGCCUACUUUUUCCUAUUUCUCCAACAAAGUUUCAGAGUAGUAAGCAGCUGAGGUCGUUGCUCCGAGUCCAGCUUAAUACUGCUCCGUAAAUACUGUCCUCUUCUCGUAGAUUUGCACAUCAAAAUGAAAUUUAAAAAAAAAUGAAACAUUAAACUGCAUAGAGUUUAAAGACUACGGCUGAGUAAAAACACUGCAAGAUAGUUCCACUGAUCAGCAUUCUUCAGAACAAAGGUGCCCCACAAAACUUCCUGCAUGUCAAAAGUUCACUUCGUUCUUUUUUCUCUCCAUUGUCAAGUUUGUUGUAGUAGAAAUAGACAAGAAAUGGGAAAUAAACAAGUUGUCUAGCAUUCUGUAAUGGUGGCAAAAAUACAUUUUGGGAACACACCCAACUGUGUUAAACCAAUCAGCGUUCGACAGCACAGCCCACCUCCGAUAAGGUUCCAAGAACCUUCCAAAAGUCCCACCAAGCUGGCAGGAACUUAAAAAAAUAAAAAUUAAAAAAAGUUCCUAAAUAACUAAAUCUACCUGGGUAGUUUUUGGUGGAAACACAGGGGGAACUUUAUUUACCUGGGUAAAUAGGAAACUUCCUGUAAGAGUCUGUGGUGGAAGGGCCUAUUGUCAACUGCAUUUUGAUAAAUUCACAGACUGGCUAGCACCAGCUUGCUAGCAUAAAUGCUAAUGUAAGAACAAAAUAAAGUAAUAUCUUUACCCAUUAAGAAACACACCCCAAUCUAAACUAAUAUAAAGACAUUGCUGUCGAAACAGUUAAUGUAUUCAAUUGUGCACAUUAAACCUGCAAGCUGUGCCCUCAACACUGUGCUUGAGCGAUACAACACAGAUUAUUUUACGGUGCGUUCAAGGACUGCCGAAAAGAGGAGGAGGUCACAAUGUCUGCCAGAAAUAAUAAAUUAUACAUUUUAGUUGUUACGCUUAUUUCAUUUAACUAAUCUUAAUGUGCUGAAGUACAAACAAAUGCUUAGCCAUUAAAACAGAUACAAUGCUAAUACUAAAAAACCCUAACGUGCAACAUAAAAUAAAUACAAUACAUGCAAAAUAGUGGCUUAUUCUAAAAGUUUAUAUUUGUUUUAGUAAUUUAAAAAAAACGUGUUCAAAAUAUUUCAGUGUGUGCAAAAGCACUGUUUGAGCAUAUUCAACACUAUUUUAAUAACUGAUCAUUUUGGUCACAUUAAAUUUUCAUAUUGUUACAUUCCUACAUCAUACCAAUAACACAAUACCAAAAGAAAGCCCAGCUAAAGAAAAAAAUGUUUGAUGAGGCAAGAUUACCUAUAUUGUGCUGUAGGUGGGUUAGGGUGAGCAAAUCAAACACUUAUUUUCUCCUACCUCAGGUAUGUGAACUUGGCGAACUGCAGUAAACUUCUCUUGAGCUCACUUUAACCAAACAGGGUGUGAAUCGUGUGGGGCUUCUUCAAUUUUUCAGUGGAAGACAUUUUUUAUGCCAUUUGCACCAAAUGUUCUGCACACAUUCAGCAAGGAGGGGGAAACCCUCAGAUUUCCACACAUCAAACCUUAUCAACCACCAACAGUGAUUGGAGGCCAGCAAAGAUGCCUGUUCUGCUAAAGAUGAAACCCCAAAGCCAGGCACAAAGAAGUGUUCAUAAACUACAGUUAAAGCUAAAAAUAAUAGCUAUUAAGUUACUGGGUACCAGCCUUGGAGCAAGAAGUUCGCAGUAUUAGUAUCGUCUUGAAAAAAAAAUAGCUUCGGUAUUUCUUGAUACCAGUCACUAGUUGGCUGUAGGGAGGCGAAAAGUUCUCCAGAGGAAUAAUUAAUCCAAACAUGUUGACAUUGCCAAGUUAGGUCCUUGUUGCUUGAUAGGAACAUUGCUGGACUGUAAAAGCAUAUUUAUUUUCUUCUGCUUCUGAAUGCUUCAUUUAUUCUGACUUGGAUAGCAAAGUUGUAAGAUUCUUCUGCUGUCCCUAUUAGACUAUUCAUGGUAUAGUCAUGAAUAUUCUUAGUAUAUUGGUAAAAGACAACCUGUGUGCUGUCAAAUAACAGCUAUGUAUUUUUUAUAAAAACACUUGGCAUUGUCCUCCUAUUUUGUUGGGUGAUUUAUUCCAGGUAGCGUUUUUUUUUGUUUGUUUUUUAAUUUAGUCCCCAGUUUUAAAAUAUGCACCAAACAUUGGAGUAAACCGGUAAAUAUUUUUUUAAUUAAACUGUACACUUGAAAUCAAGACCAGCAAAUGUCUUAUUUUUUUAGUGAAAUAGUUGUCUAGGCUGUCCCCUGAAAUGUUACUUGUGUGUUCUCUACAUUCUUUCCAAACAGGUUUGACCGACUAUAAAGAUGUUGGACUGUGGCGGAAGUAGUUUUUUAGUGUUGAUUCAUCAAUACUUAUUUGCAAACGCUAUUUAAACAUCAGCAAGAUGUGAUGUUAGUUUGUGAGACGCUGCAUUUGGCUAUGAAGUCUGUGUAGCACCAAUGGAAGGUUGGUAGGUAACGACCGCACAAACAACUUGCAUGACAAAUAUGUGUACAUUGUUGUUGAAUACUCAAAUUUAAAUAUUUUUGGUAAAAAGCUUUGAUAGAAUUGGGACUACCUGCAUGCCCACACUCUUAGAACAUUUAAAAGCUGCCUUGUAAAAGCUUUACUUUUACUAUUGAUAGUGUAAACUUUUUUAGAACAAGUGAUGAGGAAUAAUUGAAUUUUGUCCAUUUCGAUUGAUCAGCCUUGUUUGGUAAUUUUAAUUCCACAGUAGCAAAUCUCUACUGGCUAAACACAAGUGCUAAAUGUCAAACGCCUAUAUGUUUUAGUCCAGUUUUACGUUGAAGCAGGAUCACUAUUCACGUAAUCUGCCUUCUAAGACUGUCUGUGGAGUUUGAAUUGAACCUGAAAUGAACGUCAAGACUUCGACAUACCGGUAGUUCUUAUUAAUUACUUGCAGUGCUAGUAGAUAAUUAAAUGUGUUUAAAGUACAGUUGAACUGGUUUGUGUCAACUUGUUGGUCAACCGACUUGGAUCCUGGUUCUCUGUGUUUUUCUUAAAGUAUCCGCUUAAACCGAUGUCAAUGUGCAUGGUCGACUGCUUUUGUUAAAGUUUGACACCAAAAGGGUUCAUUUCUAUUAUAAAUUAGUCCAUAUAUGUUGAUGUGUUGUAGUAUAAACUUCCUCAUUGCUAUGCUGCAUGAGACAAAUGCAACACUAUUGUCAAAAGUUAUGCAGCAUUCAAACUUGCACACAGGGACCCCCUGUCAAAAUAAAACAAUGUGAGCUAUAGACUGCGCCAGUCCCAAUUUCCUAAUUGUAGAAUCCUUUAAACAAUCUAGAAUACAGAUAGUGAUCCGGAUCACCCCCAAAAUCUAAUGACUUGUUUCUUAACCCAUUUUCUAUAAGUGUCAAAAAUCCACCCAUAACUUUUUAUGCUAUGUUAAAAACCGACAAACUACUUUAGUUUAAAAUUCUAUUGUAAGCCAUUUACCUCAUGUCUCCGACCAAAGUCGGAAGUAAAUGCGUAAGCAGUGGCUGUUUUCGGUUGUGUAAGGGUCCCACUGUAGGCAGGCAAUGUACUUUGCCCUAUUCUUGUAUAGUAACAGUUGGCACGCUAUGACAUGCUAUAGUUCUUUAAUCUACAUUACUUUUUGUAAAAUAAAUCCAAUGACCGUUUUUAUUGAAUAGCCUUUGACCCAAGUGUACGCUUAAAAAGCUGAAUGUUGUCUGUGGUGUGCAAUUUGUUUUCUUUAACAGGUUUGUCCAUCUUUAAAGGUGACAAGGAACAUGCCAAACCAAGAACUUAGGUCUGUGGUAACCUUGGAUCAGUAGUUUGUGGUUAGCACUUGUUGGAGUGGUUUGGAUGAUGAAAAGGUAUGACGACCUCAUUUUCUCAUGUGAAAGAUGUGAUGUGGUUGCUUUGAAGCCAAGCCUGUAGUUCGGAUGAUGGAUGAUGUGAAACGGUUCUUUUUUUUCUCUAAUCUGUAGCAGUACCAGGAAUUUUAACAAUAUGUAGAUUUAAAUCAAUAUACAGUGGAAACUGACAGAUGGCCAACCUUUGAAGCACCAGUAGAGUGGAAAACAUGUUGACUUUAUAUGCUUAAUUGUUUCAUUGUAUCCAUCAAACCAUAUCCAAUUGAUUUUAGCAAUCUGCAAAGUAUGUGAAAACACAAUUUAAACAUCACAAAAUGCCAUAAAUUUAAGUCAGCCAUUUUGAAUGUUCCGCUCUGAAUAUCUUCGGCUAUUUUCCGAGAUUGACGUCAGAGUAGUAAUGCUUUUGCACUCGGACCAUGUUAUCAGAUCAGUCAUACUGGAAAUAUGCAAAAAUUAGAAAGAGAUGUUCUAUCACUCACGAUCCCUAUAUAAGACAUGAACACACAGUCCUAAAUAAAUACAUAAAGUCCGCUAACAAUAGUCUUAUGUGGUCUCUGUUUCGCCCACAAAACUCUUAAUUAUUCAAAACCGACAAACACUAUAUUUACAUCUCGUGACCUGAAUAAUUAACCAAAUAUUAGUAAUGUUACUAUAAGCGCCAACGCAGACAAAGUAUUUUUAGUAUUGAUAACCGAGCGCUAACUAUAGUUUAUGCUGCACUGGACUCAAGGAGAGACUUAAAUGUACCGUAUUUUUUGGAGUAUAAGUCGCACCGGAGUAUAAGUCGCACCUGCCGAAAAUGCAUAAUAAAGAAGGAAAAAAAACAUAAGUUGCACUGGAGCCGGCCAAACUAUGAAAAAAACUGCGACUUAUAGACCGAAAAAUACGGUAGUUAUAAAAUGAAACUGAAGAUGGCAGGAAUGCAACAUACAUGGAUGCGAACUGCCGUAAAACUAAUAAAAAAGAAGCUCAUGCAACAUUGAGCCUUUCUCAUCCGGAUAUUAAGAGGAUUUACCCAUGAAUCUAGAAGUUGUUCAUCUGUGACAUUCAUUUUAUACCAGGUGUUGAAGACAAACAUACCAUAACAGAAGACCAUGUCAGCAGCAAUUUUUGUAACCCUUCGUCGUGUGGAUUACAAUUAUUCAUCCCAACAGGAAGAUAUGGACACCCUUGACAUUCAGUUUAUACCCAGUGUUGGAGACAAACAUACUAUAACAGAAGAGAGCGUCCGUAGCAACUUUUUUAACCCUUCGUCGUGUGGAUAAAUAUGAAUUGUUCAUCCAGACGGGAAGAUAUGGACGUCCUAUCAGUCACAGUGAGAGCAGACAUCGUACAAUAAGCAAUCGUUUUAUUAUGUUUGUACCGGUAGUUUGUAUUUCUUGUUUAGCACAUUGCAAUACUGUUACAUGAUGCUAAGUGUUUCACUGAAGCUGAAUCUGUUUAGCAGAGUUUCUAAAACUUGUAGUUCAUUCUUUUUAUCUUCAGGAUAAUAAAAAUAUAUGGUUCUGGGCCAUUUUUUCACAAGUAGUUUGUUUUGACUCCCACAAAGUCUAUGAUUUGCAUUGUUGGUAGGGAAAAGGAUCUGCGGUUCCUAUGUCUGCCACGCGAUCACGUGACUGGUUAGCUCAUUAUCUCUCAAAAUGGCUCAGGAAUCUGAAAUUGAUACUAUUUAGAGCAUAUUUAUUCACCCGCAAACUGAAUCUUUUGGUGUCAUACAUCACACAUAUAUGCUAAUAGCUUCAAUAUAGAGGCAACUUGUUUUUCCACUCAACUGUUACUUUAAUUCUUGACUUUUCAGGGUAUUAGAAUCGAUUGCGACUGAAUCGUUCAGACUUUCUUUGAAGUAGGGAUACAUACUAAGUACAUUGGGUUUUUUUUUUGUAUUGUAGUUGGGUCAGUACAGGAGAAAAGAUCUAUUAAGAUUCUGGACAAAUGAUACAACUAUCAGCAAACAAUCAGUUCUGACACCACUGGCGACAGAGCACCAUUCACUUAAGGUGCCGCACUAAACAUAAUCAGUUACUCGAGUAGGCGCUGAUAAAUAAUUUGGUAAAAAUAAACCAAAAUAAAGAGUCACAUUACCAGCUUAAUUUAAUACACAAAAUUAGUCCAGAUCAAUAAAUAUUCCCAACGCACAGGGCACAAAAAAUAAGUUUGUAAUACAAUAUUCCCUCCCAAAAGUCAAGCAAGGCAUUACUAAGAGUUCAGUGUCAGUUUGAAAGCCGCUGCUUAGCAUAGCACACCUUGCUUAAAUAUACGCCCCCCAACAUUCUAAUUGUAUAGUGAAAUAUAUAUCAUGUAAAGUCACGCCCUGUGCACAUGAAUGCCAUACAUAAAUAUUAUCCCCAGCUGAUUGUACUUGUGCAUUGCAGAAUCAUCUACUCUGUAAUGGAUCGGUGCGGCCAUUACAAGGUGACAUAGCAACUGCUUUGCACAUUGCACUGCAAACCUAGUUGACUUGUUUAAGGCAGGUUGAGAUAAGACUUCCCUGCUGUGAGAUGUUACACCUCUUGUGGUAAUAAACAAUUAUUUUUACAUCUUUUCACAUUUUUUAUUUACACAAUAUUACAUUUAGUGCUGAUAAAUAUCAGUAUCAAUAACAUUUUACCAAUAUACAUCCCUACUUGAAAGCCUCUCAUUUGAGCAGGCUUCAUCAGUUCAUGGUUUUUUAUUCAUCCUCUAGCAGGGGGAAACAAGAAUGAUUUGGCUCUAUUGUGGUGGAAAAAGAUACCAAGGAGAGACCUGCGAGCACAACAGUAGUUAUAUCGAAACACCCUCGUUGCUGUAUUGUAGCGCAAAACGACGGCUGUCAAGAGGCAAACAGCUUCUAAAACAAUCUCAACAGUCCAGUUGCAAUCGAUUCAAUGCCCUGAUAAUAUAGUGACCUGGAUGAAUGAAAAUAUUCACAGGCAUGACUAACUCAGGCUGGAUAAGACCUUUUUCUCAUUAACUAAAGAUAUAAAAUCAAUCCUUCAGUAAAAGUGUAUACAAUCUGUGUAUGUGUUAAGAAAAAACAGUCAGCAGUAUUUACUUGCUGUAACCUCUUGUCUUAACUCUUUGUGAGGCUGCUGUUCAUUGAAGUAAGUCAUCCAGAAAAACAGAAAAAGCAAGUUAUUUGAUCCACUGAAUGAAGUAUUGCAUUAUAUGCGGAUGUCUUGCAUAUGAAGUCUUGCAACUUUCUCAUAUUUUACCCGAAAUGUUUUGCUUGAAUUCCAAUUUGUACAACCUCUAGGUUAUUCCACUUUGGGCGUUCUUGAAUACAUGACAAAACAAUGUUUGAGACAUGCACCUUUUUAUAUGAAAUAUAUCCUGCGUUUGUCAUCCAUUCUGACUAGACAUCUAUUUCAACGCCAAAUUAAUGGUUGUGAAUAAUUUAGACAUUGUGGUAGACUUGCAGGUUACUGCCGAGUUAUUUUAUUGUUGAUCUUCACACAGACUUCAGUUCAUAAUGUAGUUAGACCACAGAUUUGGGAAGGAUUCCAAUUGUCCUCGUAAAUGUAAUGUAACAAAUAUGUUCUAAGGAUUCCAGAUCUACAAUUUUUGUUUUUUUAGAUUUCAUCAUUUUACACACAAGUCCAAAAAGAAGGUAUACAGAUAAUAUAGUUAGUAGUUUAGAAAAAAAUGUUGAAACAAAAUCUUGACCUGUAUGGCUGCUAACAGUAUGCCUCAUUAGUCCCCAAAGAAUGACAAUCUUAGAAAUAUGACCACCAAAUUUAGCUUCAGACACUUCUCGUAGGGCAUUUAAAAGCCAAAUUGUAAGUCCUCCUUACAAUUUACAAUGCCAACAUUGCUUCAGGCCCUGCAAGAUAGCACAAUGUUGCAGUAAUGCCAUUUAACAAAAAUUCUACCAAUUCACACACAUUAUGUGCAGUUUUUCAACUUUGUUUAAUCUUCGCAAUUUUACGGCACAUUUUUGGGCAAUCGUCAUUUUACACCCAUUGAAUUUGUCUUAUGAGCAGUGCUCGCCUUCACGUCAACUGCUAAACAACCAAAUGUGUUAACAUUAAACAGAUGGCGACUUGUUUUAAUGAUCCAGUGUUUCCCAUACAUUCGUUUACUUUUGUCGAGUGGCGAGCCGCCACAGGUAUAUUUUGCCAUCCUCCCUCAUUCAUUUUAUUGGACUGCGAAUGUAGCUUGUAGUUACAGCGCCGUACACUAGGCGUCAGUGCGCAUGUUCUCCCAGAGAAAAAGACAUGAGGAAAAAGGAAUCUUCGAAGAAAAUGUGACGGCGCAGUAAAAAAUCUCGACAUUUGCUGAAUUUGUUAAAUACGUUAAUACAUUUUGAGAUUUAUGGGCUCGACUGGUGUUCAUGUUCGUCCAAAAUACGAGACAACUAUCGGCGACAGUGGGGUGGGUCAUCGCGCUUGGACUAAGACCGGCUGAAAAGUACUGUUUAACGGGAAUGGCUUGACCUUUUGCUCAGCCAAGGCAACUUUAACUCCAGCCUACAAAUCCGCCACCAGCCACCAAGAGACAUCUAUUUGGGCAACAACACCUGUAGAUACAUUAUGCCCGUAAGUAAAAAUAAAUAUAUUGGUUUAUUUUGUUAAAUGUUUUUAAAACAUUAGAUAAUGUCAUGCGUUUUUUUAUAACCUGAACCAAAGUGUAUAUCCACACAAACAUUUUACAUUUUGCAAGUAUGCAAAUUACAUGAUUACAUCAUAUAUAAUCAUGCCUAUGUGCAAAUUAGGAAAUGUCCCCUUUGACAACCGACCGCCACAAGUCUAAUUAAUUCCUUUUGGAAACGGGUGAUCUUUUGCCGAUUUUGCCAUCUCUUUUACCAAUAAAGAUCAUUGCUAUAGACUGCAGUCAACAAUUCAUGUCUUUCAGUAAAACCGUGUGCAAACUGCGUGCAAUGUGUUGGAGCAUUAAAAUAAGUUUACAAUCAACAGGCUCUUAACUGUAUGACAUGCACAUAGAAUAUCAGCAACUUGCGGACAACAGAGCAGACGGGACAUUAAGGGAGCAUACAAUACAUUUGUCGCUGUGGUAUGGCCUGAAGGGGUUCAAUCAGAUGCCAAGGCAAGCCUUCGUUAAACCCGGGCAACCGCAGCGCUUCUAGUCCAUGCGACAACAUUCGAGCAACAGCAGCGUAACAUUCUGUAGCCAGUAAAGCCACGCGUUACAAAUAAAAGCUCUUUCAAUAAAGUUAGUGUUGAACCACAGUCAUGAAUUAAAAUGUGGGCAAUAUAGAACAUGUAACUGGGCCCAAAUGUACGGCCAGUAGAUCCGUUGUGUGAUACUGUAAUAGACACAAAAGCCGAAAACAGUGCCAAAGGGGCUGUUUGUACUUUGCUCACAGUUACAGUAACACCACCAGCUAUAAAGUCUCUAUUUUUCUGAUUUACUAAUUGAAUAAAGGUUGCUCGUAGCAGGCCCAGAGAAGCAACUAAUAAUUUGUUGUUACGAUAGACUAUAUUUAAUGAUUGCUAGUGUUAGCUUGCCAAAUUGCUUUCUUUAGCUGAUAACAUACAAAGUUAAUGCGAAAGCAUGUGUUACACACAGUCAUAGUUACAUCAUUACAUGCCUGAAGUCAUAAGAGGGUGGGUUAAAUGCCUUCAAAAGGUAUCUGCGUAAGGUUUGCAGACAUCCCGCCUAAUGUGACCACACUAAUGUGUAUCACACUUGAAACAUUGCUGAAAAAGUCGGAAGAGACCGCAUAUAUUUCGAAAAGGACUAAUUAUUGGUGUGUAAUGGACGUCUUGUAACGUCCUGGGGAGUUUAACUCACGAUGAAGAACUUGUAUUCUCCUUUUUCGGACCAAAUACUUGGUCCCCCUGUUGAACGAGCCCCGGAAUGCCUAUCCACCCUUAGCUGGGACCAAGCGCGGCCUGUUGUGUGUAUGUGUGUGUCAUGUCUUUGGCAAAGAGAGCUGCGUUAGCUGCAGUCAGCCAGCUAGCUUGUCAGAGACAGGCUGCCCCAGUCCAAGUCCCUGCAUUGGCUUACAUUGACCAUGAGUAGUUCUGCAGCAGUCAGUGGACAGUAAAGCACUGCAGCCAGAGGUAUGCUUACACGGAUCCCGUAAGGUAAGUGUUCAUCCAUGUUUAUCUUAUCAAGAUGCACAGUUCUCCCAUGACUUAACUUCUUUCUCUGUCCUCACUCAUGUCACGUCGCCCCCGAACGGUGACUCUUUUGAAGGGCUUCUGGCAUCACACUUGUCAAGAAUGGCAUCACAGUGCAGAUCCUCUUCACUCCUUGUGUGUGUACAUGACCAAGCUUUGUAGACUCUGCAGUGUGAGUGUGUGCGUGGAUGUAGUACUUUGCAUAUAUCUGCCUCACGGAGACAACGUAUGGGCGGCUGAGUCGCUGGUCAGCUUCCUCGACCAGGCGUAACAAAUUCCUUUGUGACUCAACCAUUGUCUUUUUGUGUAUAAAGUGCUUACUCAUAGUACAAUCAUUUUCAGUAACAAUACUCUCAACUUGGUGUCUGCUAGUACUCCUUUACUUCCCGGUGCUUAUAAUACAGAAAUAAGCAGGUCGUCUUUAAAUAACCAAAGGUCCUGUCGCAGUGUUCAUGUAAGUUCAGACGAGGAACCAGAAGACUAGAACCGUGCUGCUAAGCUCUGUUUCCGCCAAGCAAGGCCGUUGGUUACAAUACGCAAUUACUUGCUUUUGUCAGAACGAGAAGUAUAAAAAUAACUUGCCUUUCUGCGGCACUCUAAACGCACUUUUUCGUUGGCGUAUUAUCGGCAUUCUGCAAUAAUAAAGCAGAGUUAGAAGCCUUUUUGUUGCUUACUAACAGCCCACUUUGCUGAAUUUAUUGGUCACUGUGCUAUGAUUUUAUAAUCUCAUUAGGUUUUAGCUUUCAAAUCGACUGGACUGCUUCGCGGAAACAAAGCUACACCUGCACCCUAUAUGUGGUAUUUUUUUGUUCUUCUAUCAGCUGAUUUUUCUCCUGCACCCACAACAUGACUAGAUCGGUCUGUGUCCUGUGUAGUCUACUAUAGUCAUUGUCUUCACGUCCUGUACAGCUCUUGGUGGGAUUGAGGAAAUUACUAAAAUACUGUAGUACCUCAACUUACAAACUCCAUUGGUAGGACCGAGCUCGUAAUUCAAAACAUUUGUAUCGUAAUUCAAUGUCGACACUUAAAACCUUUUAUUUGAAAUCUAUUCAAUCCGUGUUUGGUACUGGCACCUCCAAACACCUGAAUUUGGACAUGUAAUAAGCAUUUUAAAAAGACAAAGAAAUUUUAUGAAGUAAUGUAGUAAUAAUAAUAAUACACAGCAUUUACCUUGGAAAUGAUUCAUGGAGAAGUAAAUUUCAUGUUGGUUGUUGGAUAUUCGCCUUUAGUUACAGCGGCAGUUUGCCUUCAUGGACUGCUUCUGUCGCUAAAACAAUCAGUAUCUUCUCCACCUUUUGGAUAUUAUCAGCUGGCGCUGCACCUAGGUUGGUCCCGACCGCAUAGCGGUGCUGUGGUCGAUGAGGGUUUGUUUCUUUGGUUCGGUGAGUGUUGCAGGGUUUGCUUUGGUAUUUUCUUCUUCAUGGUGGGCGCAUGCAACUUAAUCGUAACUCAAAUGAAUGCUCGCAACUUCAGGCAUAACAAAAAGCAGGGAUCUCAAAAUACUUGUAAAUUGAGGUACUUGUAAGUUGAGGUACAACUCGUGAAACAGAAAUGUCUACCACAGAAGCACUUCUGUGUUGUUGGGUUUGGAUGGCUCUAUCUGCAUCUAUUGAUUGAAACUCAUUAUUAACUUAUGGCAGGGACAUAUGUCACAUUUUGCUUUAGUUUUGCCUAAUAAUUCCAGGCAUAAAAUAGUUUUUCACUGUACCAGCGCCUUGACACAUACAUUUUUUCCAUUGAGAACUGAGUGAGCAUUUAAACAACCGUCAUGAUUGUGCAGCACAAAUACAUUUGUACUUGAGACAUUUUGUAGAUAUAUUGGGUGAGUUCAAGGACAAAGUGCUGCACUGGUGCACGACUGCACAACUUGAACCUGUUUGUGUUGUGUUUCCAUCUGGUUGUUUGGUUGUUGGGCAGUGUCCCAAUGACCCAUGUGUUCUGUUGUGUGGCCCCUGAAGGACCACGCUGCUCAGCAAUUGGUGCCCUUGAGGCAUUCCAUAUCAGUCAGUCUGCACUGUGAUCCAUUCCACUUCCUUUCUCAGCCCUCUUUGGUCGGACUACUUUUUUUUUUUUUUUUUUUUGCCGUGUCCUUUGACAACAUGAGUGUGAUGCCAGAACCACCCUUGCGGCCGCCAGUGGCCCUUCUCCAAAACGUCUGCAAGAGCGACGUUAGGGGGAAGCCUGGUCUUCCCUUACUCCUCCAAACAUCGAAAAUGCUCCAGUUGUGUUUGCUGUUUCACAAGUAACUGUUAACAGUAGUACUUUCCUGAGAAACAGAAGUACUUUCCUGAGAAGCAGGGAGUUCUAUGAAUGUUAUUAGUCAGGAAUUUGUCUUUGCAACUUGACAACAAAUGCACACCUUGUCUGCAGCUCUUCCACUCCAUGGUACACUUUUUGUACUUCACACUUCGCCCAGGUCACACUGCACCACUUCACUCUUUUGGAACGCGAAUCACCCGCGUCAACAUGUUUUUUCUUCCCCGCUGAUUUUAGGUACGUGCACUUUUGAAGCACAUUUUGUAGUACCCUUCCCACGCGAGACAUUAGGUUAAACCAACAUUCCUGCCAAAUUGUCGCCGCGGCGAUCCGAUAAUUCUGAAGGUGGUGUAGUGUGACGGUCUGACAUGAACGACAUUAACAGUUACUCUUUCGUAAUGCAUGUUCAUAUCAUAACCUUUUUUUUUUACACACACAGACACAUACAAGCCACACAAACACACACAUCAUGGUAAACCCAUAGAGGGGUGUCACUAUCAGGCUCUCACUGCGUGUCUCUUGCCACAGGAGCGUCCACCAGCUGAAGGAGGGUGACCGUCCUCGCUGCUCAGUUGCAUGAACGUGACCCUAAAACUGAUGGUUCAACAACAAUGGUGAUGCCCCGGAGGCCCUCCAUGUUUGUUUCCCGCGACGUGGAUGUCAAAUCGGACUGUGAUGCUUGCCAUGAUGCUGAAGAAGCACACCGGAGGAUGAGCAGUCUGUCUUACAGAUGAUGGAUUGAUGCUCUGAAAUGCCCAAAUAAAAAAGUAAACCUCA